AUGGCAGGUUCACAGCCUCAAUCAUCUUCGGCGCCAGUGGGCGAAACGGUUUCACCACCUGUCAUGCCAAAUACAGGAGAAAUGCCACAAACACCUGCUGACUGGGUUUCUUAUGUUCAGCAAUUGAACAACCAGCAUAAUUUGGCCAUGCAGAAUAUGUUGCGCGAGCAACAAAUGUUGCGGGAGCAACAAAAUCUUAUGCAAAAUACGUUAAAUCAGGCGUUAUCAAGGGUUACUUUGCAACCCAUCCAGACGCCACCAGAACUAUCACCAUCCAGGUUACAGGCAAAUUUUGCGGGGCCUUCAUAUGUGGACAGCACUUUUCCAAGUGUUACUGCCCCAAGGGUUGACAGAGGGAAGACUCCUCUUACAUACCCGAAUAAUAUUCCGUUGGGUGUUAGGACCGAGCCUACCGACUUCAGAGGGGAAAGAUUGGGAGGCCAGGCUCACAAUCCCAUUCAGGUGUUGGAUCAUGUCCUACCCAGAGUAGACCCAGAGGACAUUGCUCAGGUUUUGAGGGUACAUUUUGGAAUGAACCCCCAGACGAUCAACAGACCUGCGUACCAGAGGCCAUUUCCAGAAAGAAUCAUCAACGAGCAUCCGCUUCCAAGGAAUUAUAGACCACCAGAUUUUCAUUCAUUUUCUGGAGAAGAUGGGGCUUCAACUAUUGAGCAUGUGGGACAUUUUACGGCUCAAUUAGGGGAAGUAGGCAAUAAUUCUUUCUAUAAAUUACAAUUGUUCGGGUUAUCACUUACAAGGACCGCUUUUUCAUGGUUUGCAAAUUUGCCACCCAGGCAGUUGCAAACCUGGGAGAGUCUGGAGGCAGCAUUUCAUGCAAGAUUUUUUAAUCCUCUCCUGAAAGCCUCACUCACAGAUCUUUUGAAGAUCCGACAGAUGCCAGAAGAGACCGCGUAUCAGUUUAUUGAACGGAUACGACUCAUGAGAGGCAGAUGCCCGACAAUCAUCGAGGAAAGUGAAAUGACCAAUUUGGUGGUCAGGAACAUGCAUUCCAGACUUCGGGAGGCAUUGACAGCCCAUGAUGUUCAAGACUUGGCUAGUCUGGCCUCCAAAGCAGGGAGAUUGGAGUCUUUGUUUAGAGAAAAAGAUCACAACUUUCGUCGGAACAGGGUACAGCAAAUGGCUAGUGUUGAUACAGAUAUUUAUUCGCCAGAUGAAGGAAAUAUUCUUGAAGAGAUGGCAACUGAAAUUGUGAAUGGCAAACCGUACGUAUGUUCGAAACUAAGCCAUUGCUAG